CGAGGAGUGUCAUGAAUACCGAAAUUAAUUGCAUUCACCAACCCUAUCGAUCCAACACUUGCUUCACCACUUGUUUAUAACCACAUUUUUUCCUUAGCAACCAUAACAAGAGAGCGAGAUAGAGAAAGAAGAGAUAAAAUAAAAAUUUGAAGAAGAUAAUGGAGAAGAGCGAUGAUCAUCACAAGACUAGCCACGGUGGUGCUGCGGCGGAGAAGUGGGAGGAGGUUAGUACUGCAAUCCGAACCGCAGAGACAAUGCUCCGGUUAGCUCCGGUGGGGCUUUGUCUUGCGGCGCUUGUUAUCAUGCUUAAAGACUCUCAGAAUAAUGAGUUCGGUUCAGUUUCUUAUUCCAAUCUCUCAGCUUUCUGGUACUUGGUGCACGCAAAUGGAAUUUGUGCAGGCUACUCUCUCCUGUCAGCAGCUAUUGCAGCCAUGCCUGGUUCUUCUUCUACAACGCCUCGUGUUUGGACCUUCUUCUGUCUUGACCAGAUUCUGACAUACGUGGUUCUUGCUGCUGGAGCUGUGUCUACUGAAGUUCUGUACUUAGCCUACAAAGGAGACAAUGCCAUUACGUGGAGCGAUGCGUGCAGCUCCUUUGGUAGUUUCUGCCAUAGAGCCACUGCUUCUGUUAUAAUCACAUUCGUCGUGGUUUGCUUAUAUGUCCUUCUGUCUCUCAUUUCCUCUUAUAAGCUCUUUACUCGCUUUGAUCCACCAGCCAUCGUUGACUCCAACAAAAACGUCGAAGUUGCUGUCUUUGGAAAUUGAUCCGUAGAUAUUUUCUUUAAGACAUCUCUAAAGUGUCACGUUUACAUGUUUCUACUGUUUUUAUUAUUAACUUUGUCUUUAACCAAGAAAAAGAAUGCUUUUAUGAUUGGGUCCUUUUCACGUGCUUGCUUUUAUCCGAGUACGACUUAUAAAAUUCAAGUAUCCUUUCCUAUG